UAAUUGAAGUGUUGUGACGUUUAGCUACUUGACAUUUGUCGACGUACAGAGGUUAUUUAUAAGAUUUUUUUACAUAAUUGCUACAGUACUCUAUUAAACUCCUAUUAUUACUAAAAUGCCUAGUACUCGAACGGUACAGUGAUCGUAUGUGGAUCGACGCACGCGACGCUUUGAGGCAAAUUUGUCGCCUAACGAUGCAAAACCGCAGCUAAAAAGUGUAUUGAAAUCUAUUUGCUGCAAGUUUCUUCCAGUUUUCUCCGGUUUGUUUGAAAAUUAGGCAAAAACACAAUGUUUGCAAUGAAAAAUCGCCAAUCUAUAGUUUUCAUUUGCACUUUCCUGAUGUGCUUAUAUUUCAGCAAGUGUGAAGUGGAACCCAACAAUCCACAAGAUGAACCAACUGUGGCCCCUUCUGAUCACAAGGAAAGCAAGAAUAUAAUCAACGUGAAAGAUGUGGGUUUUCUUCAUGGGUUUGUGGCAAGUUUAUCCGUUAUUCUUGUGUCCGAAAUCGGAGAUAAGACGUUUUUCAUCGCUGCGAUUAUGGCGAUGCGACACCCGAGAUUAACAGUUUUUGGUGGUGCCAUUUCGGCAUUAGUGUUAAUGACAAUUUUAUCAGCUCUGUUUGGUUGGUUGGUAACAAUCAUCCCAAGAGCAUACACUUUUUACAUUAGUACGGCGCUCUUUGCCAUAUUCGGCUUGAAAAUGCUAAAAGAGGGCUGUGCCAUGUCCCCAACAGAGGGCCAGGAGGAAAUGGAAGAAGUGCAAAUGGAGUUGAGGAACCGAGAGGAGGAGUUAGAAAGGACUUCGAAUCAAGACGUUGAAGUGGCCUCUACGAAUCGGCGCCCCAAAUCCACUAAUCCGCUUGCGGUGACUUUGAGGAUAUUCCUGCAAGCCUUUACUCUAACGUUUUUAGCUGAGUGGGGCGAUCGAUCGCAACUAACGACAAUCCUGCUGGGAGCCAGAGAAAAUGUCUACGGUGUUAUACUGGGUGGAGUAAUCGGACAUUCAGUAUGCACAGGCGUGGCUGUUUUGGGUGGCAGGAUGAUAGCGCAAAAAAUCUCAGUUCGAACUGUGACGAUUAUUGGCGGUGUAGUGUUCCUAGUGUUCGCCCUGUCGGCCCUUUUCUUCGAUCCCAACAUGGGGGAAGAGGAUCAGUCUAAGAGCGCAAAUUAACCAAGCAGCAAACAGUUUAUAAAUGCCGAAUGAUUAUUUUGAUUUGAGAGAGGGAUUUUAUGUUAUAAAAUUCCGCUUUGAAACCAAUCUCUUGUGUAAAAAAUCGGAUUAUAAUUUUAGCCGUUGUAGAACAUUGUCCGGGAUAGCAAGUUUUAUUUUUGUAUUUACCUAAAGCGAUUUUAUGAAGCUUUUAUAGCCAGAGUAUGCAUCUAAUAGCUUGUAAGCACGGUUUACUGUCUGUUUGAAUAUUUUCCACGUGUUUAGACAAGUUGUAGUGUCAUCAAUGCGAAUAAGUAUCAUUAAGAAGUAAUUCCCGGUUGAAAGAACCCAAUGAUUGAUUUCAAGUUGCGUCCAUUGAGUAUCAAAGCAAUUUUGCCUGCAUAUUUUUUAUAUAUAUAUAUAUUUGUUAUGUACAUACUUUCUUUGAAUAUUUUAUUUUACUAUUGAGUACUUAUGAGGUCCGUAAUAUGUAUAUGUGUUUAGUCAGGAGUUACGUGUAAUAAAAUCCGACGUUGUAAA